AGGAGCGCAGCGCGCAGAGUGAUCGUGCACAUCGACUUGGACUGCUUUUACGCCCAAGUAGAAAUGAUCCGUAAUCCCGAAUUACGAGACAAGCCUUUAGGUGUGCAGCAGAAAUACCUCGUAGUUACCUGUAACUAUGAAGCCAGGAAACUGGGAGUGAAGAAACUGAUGUCUGUGAAGGAUGCUAAGGAGAGGUGCCCUCAGCUGACACUGGUUAAUGGAGAAGAUCUCACUCCAUACAGGGAAAUGUCGUACCAGGUUACAGAGUUGUUGGGGGAAUUCAGUCCACUGGUGGAAAGGCUUGGGUUUGAUGAAAAUUUCGUGGAUAUCACAGAGAUGGUCGAGAAAAGACUAAACCAGCUCCAGCAAAGUGGAUGCUGCAGAGUCUGUGUGUCUGGCCAUGUGUACAAGCACCAAGCUAUCAAUUUGCAUGACACAGCGCAUGUAAGACUAGUUAUUGGAUCUCAGAUUGCAGAAGAGUUCAGGGAAGCCAUAUACACGAGACUGGGCCUCACAGGCUGUGCGGGAGUGGCCUCUAACAAACUGCUCUCUAAACUGGUAUCUGGGACCUUUAAGCCAAAUCAGCAAACGGUUCUUCUGCCUGAAAGCAGUCAAGAUCUCAUCCGCAGCCUUGAGCACAUCCAAAAAGUGCCUGGCAUUGGCUACAAAACAACCAAACAUCUUGAAAGGCUGGGUGUUAGGAACGUGUGUGAGCUCCAGGCAUUUCCGUCUGCUGUGUUAGAGAAGGAACUAGGGGUUUCUGUUGCUCAGCGUAUCCAAAAACUCAGCUACGGAGAAGAUGACUCCCCUGUGACUCCGUCAGGCCCUCCUCAGUCCUUUAGUGAUGAAGAUUCCUUCAAAAAAUGUUCAUCAGAAGCGGAAGUUAAAGAGAAAAUUGAAGAACUGCUUCCUAACCUCUUAGACAGGAUACACAAAGAUGGAAGACGACCACACACAGUAAGACUGACCAUUCGCCAGUUCUCCCCAACCGAUAAAUGGUUUAACCGGGAAAGUCGCCAGUGUCCUGUUCCACCUCAGCUCAUCCAGAAAUUUGGAAAAGAAGGCAGCAACAUUAUACCCCCAUUGGUCGAUAUACUAAUGAAACUGUUUCGAAAGAUGAUAGAUGUAGAUCUACCAUUUCACCUUACCCUUUUGAAUGUCUGCUUCUCCAACCUCAAAGAUCUUCCUAGCAGCAAGAAAGGAUCAAUUGGUUUCUAUCUAAAGCAGAUGUCACCACCAUCAGGCUCUGGUAAACGUGUCCGGGUAAGCUGGAAGAUACAGAAAACUAUUUAUGAGCAGCCCUUUGAAACAACUUCUGAGGAUAAAGCCUUCAGCAGGCAAGCAGAAAUUGUGUUUCCUCCUAAUGUUGACACAAAGACUUUUUAUGAACUACCUGCAGAUGUGCAAGAUGAACUGCUAGCUGAAUGGAAGAAUCUGCAACCUGUGUCCAAAACAUCGACAGAUAAAGCCCCUGAAAAGCCUAAAACAAAUAAAGGAAGGAGGAAUACAGCACCAUGUUCAUCACAGUCUAACAGUUUGCUAAGAUAUUUUAAGCCACAAUGA